GGCCCCGCCGCCUUCCGCCAUGACCCGGAAGCGCGGCGCUCCCCUAGCAACCGGCCCGCGCCGCCAUGCAGAGAGAGGAGAAGCAGCUGGAGCUGACCCUGGAGGCGCUCAUCAGCCAGGUGGCUGACCUGAAGAACUCACUGGUCAGUUUUAUCUACAAGCUGGAGAAUGAGUACGACCGGCUCACGUGGCCUUCAGUUCUGGACAGCUUUGCAUUGCUCUCAGGACAGCUGAACACUUUAAAUAAAGUGCUGAAGCAUGAGAAGACCCCACUACUGCGAAACCAGGUUAUCAUACCCUUAGUGCUGUCUCCAGACCGCGAUGAGGAGAUCAUGCGGCAGACGGAGGGGCGCGUGCCCGUGUUCAGCCACGAGGUAGUGCCUGACCAUCUUCGAACGAAGCCUGACCCCGAGGUGGAGGAGCAGGAAAAGCAACUGAUCACAGAUGCAGCUCGAAUUAGCCCCGAUGUGGCACAGAAACAGAUCCAAAGUCUGAACAAAAUGUGCUCAAAUCUGCUGGAGAAAAUCAGUAAGGAGGAGCGGGAAUCUGAAAGUGGAGGAUUACGGCAGAACAAGCAGACUUUCAACCCUGCAGAUACCAAUGCCCUGGUAGCAGCUGUGGCCUUUGGGAAAGGAUUGUCAAACCGGCGACCCGCUGGCUCUGGGGGAUCUGUCCAGUCAGGGCAACCAGGAGCUGGUGCCAUCAUUGCAGGGGCUUCGGGCAUGCAGCAGGUACCAAUGUCAGGUGCACCAGCUCAGCAGCAGCCAAUGCUGGCAGGAGUGCAGAUGGCACAAGCAGGACAGCCAGGAAAGAUGCCGAGUGGCAUAAAGACAAACAUCAAAUCUGCCUCAAUGCAUCCGUAUCAGAGAUGAGCCAACAUGAACCAGACCCAGGGAACAGCAGUUACCAACAUUGCUCCUGCUGCAGCUACCACACACGGAUUCCUUUUCGGACUUCUGAGUUCCUUCACACAUCCAUACACCAUAUCCACGGAGCUGGGAGUUACGGCACCGUUCCCUGGGUUUUAUUUAGUGCUGGGUGGCUUGUAUGGAGCUGCUAGGAGCCAUGUCUCCUGGAGACAAGUACUCAGUUCAGCCAGAGCAGCUUUUUUUGUAGUAGCAAUCCCAUUUUCUUCAGGUCUGGCCUGGAGUGCACCUACCCUUUCUUGAUACAGAACAUGAAGAGCUGCAUGGAUCACUCUGCUUCUUGUUUCUGUCUGUUGAUUCGAGAUGCUCCUAACUGUACUCCCUGUUGUUGAAUAAAGACCUUGUUCUGCACACUG